AUGGCAGACGACGGCCGCGCAACAACACCAGUAUCGCCAGCGGCAGCGGCGGCGGCGGCGCCAGCCACCCCGUCCGCCGCCUCGGACGUAGCCACAGACGCAGACGCCGGCUUCCUCACCAUCGUCGUCUCGCACCGCAAGCACAACUACUCGUUCGAGCUGCCCGACGACGCCACCGUCGCCGACCUCUUCGACGACGUCGCCGCCACCCUCGACAUCCCCACCUGCAACCAAAAGAUGCUCGUCCCCCGCGGGCCCCUCCUCAAGAUGCCCUUCAAGGACCCCGCCAUGACGCUGCAUUCGCUGCAGGGCAAGACGCUCACCCUCAUGGGCACCCCGGCCGCCGAGGUCCAGGCUGUCAACACCAUGGCCGACCGCGUCGCCCGUCGUAACGCCGCCCGCGCUGCCCAGCGAGCAAAGGCACACCACGGCAGCCACAACCACAACCACAAGCCGCGCUCCGUCACCGCCGCCGACGACGCCCGCUACACAUUCCUGCAGGUCCGCCCGCUCGACGGCCUGCCGCGGCCUGAGCGCAGCCUCGCCCUGCUGCACCGCCUCAAGGAGGACCCGGGCAUCCGCGCCGCCAUGCGCAAACACCGCUUCGUCGUCUCCCUGCUCACCGAGAUGGAGCCCCUCGCCCACACGCAGACGACGCACGAGGGCACCUCGCGCACCCUCGGCCUCAACCGCAACCGCGGCGAGGUCAUUGAGCUGCGCCUCCGCACCGACGCCCACGAUGGCUACCGCGACUACAAGACGAUCCGUAAGACGCUGUGUCACGAGCUCGCCCACAACGUCCACGGCCCCCACGACCGCAAUUUCUGGGACUUGUGCCACCAGAUCGAGCGCGAGGUCGACGCCGCCGACUGGAAGACGGGCGGCCGCACCAUUAGCGGAGACACGUCUCGGUACACCAUCUCGGGCCAGGCCCGGCACGCGUACGAGGACGACGAAGACGACGUGCACGAGGACGAGGGCGGCUGGACCGGCGGCGAGUUUGUCCUCGGCGGGGUGAGCAGCGCCGCCGCCGCGGAGCCCGGCAUGAGCAGGAGAGAGGUGCUCGCGCAGGCGGCCCUCGAGCGCCAGCGCAAGGAGACGGGCGCCGAGCGCAAGGCCUGCGACGCCCUCGCCAAGGGCUGGCGGCCGUGCCAGCGGCCAGACCCUGAUGAGACGAAAUGA